AUGACCACCAUGGACAAGAUAUUCGCCGGCUACUCCGCUCGCAAAGCCACACUAGAAGCCAACACCGACAACCCCUUCACCAAAGGCAUCGCCUGGAUCGAAGGCACCUUCACGCCGCUCCAUCAAGCGCGUAUUCCCCUCCUGGAUGAGGGCUUUCUUCGCGGGGAUCUGACCUACGACGUCCCCGGGGUCUGGGACGGGCGCUUCUUCCGGCUCGACGACCACCUCUCACGGCUGGAGCUCAGCUGCGCGAAACUCCGCAUGAGACUCCCUGUCCCGCGCGACGAGAUCACUCGCAUUCUUCUCGAAAUGCUCUCCCGCAGCGGUAUCCGCGACGCCUACGUCGAAUUGAUCGUCACGCGCGGUCUCGAGGUUGUCCGUGGCAAGGAUCCGUUCACUCUCACCAACAACCUGUAUCUGUUCAUCAAGCCGUACUUCUGGGUCAUGGAGCCCGAGAUGCAGCGGACGGGCGGCGAUGCGAUCAUCGCGCGCACGGUACGGCGUGUGCCGCCCGGUGCGAUCGAUCCGACAGUCAAAAAUCUGCAGUGGGGGGAUUUGAUUCGUGGGUGUCUGGAGGCGGCGGACAGGGGGGCGGCGUACCCGUUUUUGACGGAUGGUGAUGCGCAUCUUACUGAGGGGGCGGGGUAUAAUGUUGUCCUGGUCAAGGACCGGGUGAUCUAUACCGCUGAUCGGGGAGUGCUGCAUGGUGUCACGCAUCUUCAUGUGUACGACGGCUGGAGGGAUUAUGCCAAUCACGACCCUGGAUGGUCGAUCGGUGGGUGA